AUGACAAACCCACCGGCAGUCCUCGCCGAGUUCCCGCUCUUACGCUCGCUCCCACCAGAGCUGCGCAUCAAGAUCUGGGAAGGCUCGUUCAACCCGCGAGUGAUCGAAUUGCACCACGACACAAAGUAUCCGAGAGAGACACAAUUGGUCCACUUCAAGUCAUACAACAGCAACCCAGCGGCCCUGUCCGCGUGCUCCGAGUCCCGCCUCCUUGCGCAGUCCCAUUACUCGGUCGUGCUGUCUCUCGACACGGGUACGGAUAACAGCGACGGUGUGCGGCCUCUGUACCUCAAUCCGACUACAGAUAUGCUCGCCAUACUGAGUGAAGCCUCCCCGCGAAGCCUCGAAGUCCUGCUCGACACGAUCCAACAGCUGGAUCCCCUUCACCGCCGGCCAUCACGCAUCGGGUUGGGCGCCCAGUGCUGGCGUAUGUUCCGUGUUUGUACGACAAGUACGGCGCAGAAGCUGUUCGGGCACCUUGACAAAUUGGAGCUGCUCUUGCACCCCCAUACCUUGCCACCGCCAGGCUUUCGCGACGGGGAGUGUGUGCUUAAUGCGGUUAAAUCAUUGAGCGCUUGGCCGUAUUUAUGUACUUUCUGGGGCCCUGGUCUCGACAUUGGCAAGGGCGAGGACGGGUUGAGAUUUUGGUAUAUCAACUUUAUAUCCGGGCUUUACUAA